AUGCUACCACCCACGCUGGAUAACCAGAUGGACGCAGCCCAAGCACUGAGGGCGAGCUUUCUGUUCGCAGCCGCCGGUGUGCUCUUAGUUUACCUCCUGCCAGCCCUUCGCGGACGCUUCCUGGCGUACGGCUCUCGCGCAUCCUCCAAUUCACCAGACUCAAAGAAGAGCGAUGAGAGGACACCGCGAGCUCCCCAGAGCCAAACGCUCGUCAGCCGGUUCCUCGACCAUCUGGCAAUUUACCGAGUUCCCCACAGCUGGUUCAUCCACUUCUAUAUCCUCUCCGUUGUCUCCUCCCUCUUUUGGGCGCAUCAGAUUCUCAACAAUGGCUACUUCUUCAAUCUCGUUGCCUCUUUUGUGCACCAACGCAGAACUAGCAUGACCGCCAACCAGGUUCUACUCACGUGGACUCUCAUGCUUGCUCAGGGCAUGCGCCGGCUCUACGAAAGCGUUGCGUUCUCGAAGCCCUCGAAAAGCCAAAUGUGGAUCCCACACUGGCUUCUCGGGCUGCUCUUCUACAUGAUGAUGAACAUCGCCGUCUGGGUAGAGGGCGUGCCCACCCUCCUCAACCACAAACCACGUGCUCUACACGACCUCCCUUUCCUCUCCAUCCUGCCGCUCUCCCUCCGCACCUCCCUGGCAGUCCCCAUUUUCCUCCUGGCAAGCGGUAUCCAGCAUGCUGCCCACCACCAUCUCUUCACACUCCCCUCGUCGCCAAACUACGUUCUCCCUACCCAUCUCGUCUUUAAGCACGUCCUGUGUCCGCACUACACGGCCGAAUGCGUUAUCUACCUUUGCCUGUCCGUCAUCGCCGCGCCAGUGGGCCAGCCGGUGAACUGGACCGUAUUCUGCGGACUUGUUUUCGUGGCUGUGAACCUGGGCGUCACGAGCGUGGGGACGCGGGAGUGGUAUGUCGCGCGUUUUGGGAAGGAGAGGGCUGGGGAAAGAAAGGGUAUGGUGCCGGGGUUGUUUUGA